AUGGAGGCAAUAGGCUACAUCAAUACGCGUAGCGUACUUCGGCUUGUGGUGUCAGCGAAGCUAUCUCCAGCUCAAGAUCUUGCUGGCGCCGACUUUCUGAAGGUUUUCCUGAACGUCGCCCUAUGCCAUUAUACUGCCUGGACAACGGCCAACGUUCGUCAUAGGGACAUCAACCUUGCGAAUAUCAUGUGCAGCACCGACACACAGGGCGAGAAAGCUGGCAUUCUGAUCGACUGGGAUCUUGCAACGUUUGACGAAGACCACCACGAUGGUUUAGAGCGUACCGGCACUGUCCCUUAUAUGGCGAUGGUACUCCUCGAAGAAAGCACGGAGGGCUCUAUCGAGCACUCAUAUUGGCACGACCUCGAGGCGUUGUUUUGGGUGCUUGUGUGGGUAACCUAUCCCGCAGGCACCUUCGCUCCCUGGGAGUCUGGCACUUUCGCUCAGUGUCGCAACGGGAAAUCCGGCUACCUCAGCGCAGGACCUAGCACAACCCGUCCAAAGGAGAAAUUCCAGGGCGUUGAGCUCCUUGUUUACCGGCUCAAGACGUUCUUCAGUGAGAUCAACGACAAGCGCACUCGACAUCUCAACUAUGCGGCGUUCCUCAAGGGUACUGGUUGGGCUGUGCCUACUUUCCAGGAGGAAGCACCGCAGGAAAUCUGGAAGGCUUUCUGCAAGCUAUUGCACGACGUGAUACCUUUCAUGGACCUGCCUGAUCAAGUAGUCAUAGGGCAGGUCAUAAAGGAUUUCCUUGUUCAUGCGGAUAACUUCUGA